AUGAUCCCAUUAAGAGGAGGAAGUUAGUAUUAUUCAAGGCAUCCUCGAAGAAGGUAUCGUUGACGAGAAGUACUGUCAUGAAAACAGUAUAAGUCAACAGAGACAUUUUUGGCACCCUUCUUGCUUUGACAGCGAAGACAGAAAAAGUUAUCAUCUUUGAAAAUGCAUUAGAAUAUCCACUUUGUUCUGUCCCGCUUAGCUUGGCAUGCCCUGAUGGCACACCUCGGAAAACUGCUAAAAGUAAACUCUUGGAUGUGCUAAGAAAAAGAUGUAGAUUGCCAUUGACUCAUCCAAGAGAAAAUCAACCACAAAAAGGAAGUGUUGCAGCCUUUAUCAUCGACCUCAUGGAAACUAUAAGAAUGAUAACAGGUACUCCUGAAACAUACGAGGACUUGACGUGGGUAUUUAUCAAGACAAUACCAACAGGCUACACCAGAAUAGACAUUGUUGCAGACACCAAUCCAGAAAAUUCCAUUAAGGCGGCUGAGCACUGUAGAAAAGGUAGUUCAAGAGAGAUUAUAAUUCGAUCACCCCGAUCAAAGAUCCCGAGAGAUUUUCGUGGUUUCUUACAAAAUGGAAAGAACAAGACGAGGAUGAUUGUGCUAAUGAGGGAAGUGUUGAUGAAGAACCAACAAAAAACACUUGAAAUGUUAGCUGCAAAGAAAUUUUCUUCUCCACCCUUAACAAUUAUAUCAAAAUAA